AACCUUGUAUGAAAUCUAAAAGCGAGUUUAUUGUUAUCAACUUAUCAAGUAUAUAAAAUUAUGAAUGAAAAGUGUGGUUAAUAAAGUGAGUGGAUUAAUAUUGGACAAUAACAAAACGUAUAUAUCAUUUUUAUAUUGAAUAUUGAAUAAAACAAGAUAAAAAUAUUUGAAUGGUAAAUAAUGUACCCAGUCAACAACAAUCAGUUUGAAGUUACAUCAACAAAAAGAAAAAUCAAAAUCAGACCCAAUGUGUAUAGGAAUCCGGCACUGGACUUGCUUGCCAAUGAAGAUCCCAUGUGCAACACAGCUAUGGAAGUGACACCAAAUAAAAGGCGUAAACGAACUAUGAGCUGUGACAUCGCUGCAUUUGAGAAUACCGCUUUAGACUUGGGGAUAAGCAAGGCAGCUAUGAAUGAAUUUUUAGUUCGAGAACUCCAGAACGUAAAUAAAAACAUACAAACAUAUGAAACACCAAUAAAGACUUAUUUAGAAAGUAGUUCUGAUAUGAACGAGCCUGUUUAUGCAAACUUAAUCAGUACACCACCCUUACCGCCUCGAAAUUGCUCUUCUGAAGUUGAUAAUGAACAAAAUACAAUGCCUGAUAUGAAUCACUGCCGCCUCAAUGAAAGUGUAGCAGAAAUUGAUUCUGGUAUAUCAAUUUUAGAACAAAAAUCCACCAAUGAACUUGAAAACAAUGAUCUCUCUGAAAUAAAUAACAUAACAAACAUACAAACAAACGUAACAAAUCAACUAUUUGUGAAUAACUCAGCAAAUCUCAAUCUGAGUUUCAUAGACAGACUUGCUUUAGAUUCUCCACAAACUUCCAAUAAGUCAUUAUACUUUGAUGAUGAUUUAAAUGAAAGCAAUAUAAUGGAAAUAAAAACUAUAACAAUAAUAACUAAGAAGAAAAUUGUACCAAAGAAGAUAACAAAUCCAUUCCUAGAUCCAAACUUAGAUGUAAAUGUGGAAACAACAGCAGAAAAUCCAUUUUUAAAUGAAAAUGUUAGUACACAUGAGAUGGAAUAUAAUGAAGAAGCAUUAACAAGGCCAAUAGAUGUGCCUGCACAACAAAAUCUAAUGCCCAGGAGACUAUUUGCCAAUGAUACAAACAAUACAAUAUCUACCGUGAAUGAGUCAUCAUUGAACACAGAUAGUCCUGAAUAUGAGAAUGUAGAAUAUAGACCAGAAAGUCCCAUUUACGAAAACAUUGAUGAGAUGCAAUCUAAUGAAGAUCCACAUUACAACAAGCAAAGUAAAAUCCUUGGCCACGAUGUUUCCAAAUUUAGCGCUCUAGACAUCAUGAACUUAAACAAAAUGCUGCAAACGAACUCAUCAACUGAAUCUACGGACAGUAGAAAGGAUUUGAAACAUCACAUAUUAAAAGUAAGCAAUAAACUAUCAAAGAAAGUUUUCAAAACACUGAAAAAGACAUUUAAAGCUGAGAAAAUUGAACACAGCACAAUGUUAAAUCCAUAUGAAGUGCCCAGAAAACCGCCUAAAGAGAAAGUGGAGAAAAAGGACUCUGGUAUCGAAAAUCCUGCUUUGAAGCUUGAUAAUUCUGAUGAUAUAGAGAUAGAAGAACUCAUAGAGAAUGAAGAGGAACAGUAUGAAACCAUCAAAACAUUAAGGAAUACAAGAAUGAACAGUAAUGUAACACCUCUGAAAGAACGAUCAAAUGACAAUGAUUUGUCUCACAAUAAAACAUACACACCAGGGAAGAAAGUGCGAUUUGAUUCAACAUUGAAUAGAGAGAAAGUAAUAACUGGUGAUAGCUUUGAUUGUGAUAUACAAAGUCCAGGGUUUGAUGCCAAAAUAGACAAAUACCAUGUCGAGUUAGAAAACAGUAUAAAUGAACGAAAGUUUAUCCAGCAAAAUAUGUAGUUUCUAUCAUAGAACCUAGACAAAUCAUGGGUUUUAAAUGGGUAUAUUUUAUAUACUAAGUUCACUAUUGUGAAUUAUUUUUAUUUAUUUUCUAGUUGUAAGAAUAAAACACCAAAUACAAUUUAGAUAUAACCAAAAAUCUGUGAACUAUGAAAUAUGUGAACCAAAUAGAUGCCUGUAAUUGCCAAACCAUUUAUUAGUUAAGUUU